CCCCCGAGCGGUACCUCUCUCUCUCUCCUCUCGCUCGCUUGCGCUCUCUCUCUCUCUCUCUCCUCGCUCGCUCGCGCUCCGGAGCUCGAGACCCUCGCCAUUCCGCCGCGGGAAACCCUAACCCUAGCUACCGUGCCGCCGUGGGAGGCCACGGGAGCGCCGGACUCGCGCUGCGCCGCCGAUCCCGAUCUGACACCAUCGCGCCGCGCCGCGCCGAUUGAGUCUGUGGAGGAAUAGAAGACAGGACUUCAGAUUAAUUGCAGCUUAAAUUUAGUUUUACCAGCCCAGUGUGAGCUUCUGUGGUAUGUGGGGUUAUCAGCAUAGAAUCAAAUGGUCAUGAAAGCUGCUUGUAGUUCUAUAUGAUAUGAAAAUUUUGGAUUUAUCCACUGGAAACAGGUCACUCUUUCACGGGCAUUAGACCCAUAGGGGCACUGCAGGAAUGUCACAGUUUCACCCCGCACAGCAUGCGGGUGAUAAUGAUUUUCAGAUGUGGCAACAGCAGAUGAUGUACAAGCAAUUGCAGGAGUUUCAGAGACAGCAACAACUACAGCAGCCUGAUCAUGGAGCUAGGAUGCAGCCCUCUUUUGGACAGUUUCAUGCUCCUGCAAAACCAUCUCCAGCUGAUCAAUUCUCAACAAUGUCAAAUGAAAUGCCCAACAAUGAGGCCACAAGUUCUGCAUGGCCACAUAAUUUUGCUAGUGGUGACCCAAGUUUGACGAGCAACUCUCAAAUGUUGAAUAACGGCAGCACAAAUUGGGAUCAGUUUGUUGGUGCUCCUGGUAUGGGCAAUUUCAUAAACGGUUCAAUGUUUGCGAAUGCUCAAAGUCAGUCCAUGAGACCAAUGGGAUUAGCUACGCACCAAGUGGACCAAUCUUUUUACCCAAUGCAUGCUACCAGCAGCAGAGGGUCUGGAAACCAGUAUUCCCAGUUUUUAGGGAUUCCUGCUGAUUCCCAGAGUGCAAUGGCAAGGGUAGGUCCAGAUCAGUCCGAAAAGACAUCCAGAUCAGUCCAGAAUUUUCAUGGAAAAGGGGGUUUCUUAAAUAAUAGUCCGAUGCAAAGUCAAGGUGAAAACAUCAAGGCAGGCAGCCCUGUUACGAUGAAUCAUCUACAACUUGGUUUUCAAGUACAAGAUUUUCAUGGUAGGCCAAAACAAGUUGAUUUUCAAGUGGGUAUGCAAGAGAAAUCAACAGUGCAGGUAGGGCCAGCAAGUGGUAGGGCUAGCCUUGACCCUACCGAGGAGAAAAUCUUAUUUGGGAAUGAUGAAGAUAGCAAUUGGGGAGCCUUGUUGAGGGGUGAAAAUGAUCAUGGUAAUUCUUUGGACAAUGAUAACUUUGGUGGUGCUUACUCAUCUCUGCAGAGUGGAAGCUGGAGUGCCCUUAUGCAGGAAGCUCUGCAGUCUACUACCAGUGAAAAUAGUCCCAAGGAAGAGUGGAGUGGCUUGAGUUUCCAGAAAACUGAUCAAAUAGUUGCUAAUAAUUCAGCUUUAUUAUCAAGUUGUGACGAGAAUAAGCUCGCUGCAUUAAGUGGCACAAACCUAGAAAAUGCACGUCCUUCUCCAGCAUCCAGCUAUGCUGACGGAACAAUGAAUAACCCAAAUCCUACCAGUUUUCAGCACGCCAUAAGAACUCCUUAUGAGCGAAGGGACCAAAUGCCUCAUGAAUCUCCUAGUCCUCCUGUCAUCAAUCAUCAGUCAACUUCAGAAGUCAACAAUGGGUACUUUCAGCAGAGCUUAAAGCAAAGUCAAUCUGAUGGGAGACAAGAACAGGUGAACUUAGCAAAUGGAUUGUGGGCACAUCAGAAAUCUGAACUGCUAAGAAAUAAUUUGCACUCAACUGGUGCACAUGCUACACCACCGAGUGCACAUGGAUUUUGGAUGUCACAACAAAAUACAGCUGAUCACAGUGUUAACAGAGAGUCCAGUAAUAAUCAAAAUGACUGGAAAACCAACAAUGCCCUUGGACAAGGCAUAAGCAAUACUCCAAAUGUCUUUAAUAGCAAUGAGAACUCUUGGAAGUCAAGUGGAGGUAAUGCAAAUUCAGUCCAGAGGCUUCAGCAGAUGAAGUCUGAUAUAAGUACUGCACCAAUGCCAAAUGAAGGUUCUGAUGGUAAAAACAUUAGCAUGAUGGUCUCAAGCAUGCCAAUGGUGACUCAGGAUCAUUAUCAGAUGAUCACUGGUCAGAGUGGUGAGCAAGUUGGAAUGAACCGUAAUAUGGGACAUAGGGUUCCAGGAACCUCCGAGUCACCAGGAAGAAUUGCAGAUCAAAGAGCAAGCGACUUUAACCAGGAAUAUCUUAAUAAAACCCCUAAUGAAAGGCAAGCACACCUUUUAAACCAUGGACAGCAUAUGACAAGUGAUUCUGCUGCCAGGAGGCAUUCUGUCUUUGCUGGAAAGGAAUCCCAAAAUUUAGGUCAGUCUGGCCAGCAAGCAAUGAGAUCUUACACGUUACAGAAUCGUUCUAUGGGUAGCUCAGGAUUGAAUAUUGGACAAUCUCCAGGCAAUCCAGUGUCCAAUAGUCCAUUUCCACCUCAGUCACAUCAGAUGCGAAAUAACCUGCAGCAUCAUUUUGGCACCAACUCCCAUGUUUCCAGUAAUAUGCCUUCGGUAAAUGAGAAAAUACUGAUGGCACAGGAGCAACUUCAACCUCGACAUGGUAUCCCUAACAGCUCAAGUGCAUUACCUUUUGAUGGAUCUGAUGCUGGUCUGUCUCAGCUGUCUCAGAAUAGAUCAGUUCAAAACAGUCAACAUAUGCUUCAGCUUCUUCAUAAGGUGGAUAACUCAAGAAACAGCAAUGCUGCUGCUGACAUACCCAACAAUUCUCCCGGCAUUGUAUCUGCCCAGCAACAACUUAACCAUCCUUCUGUGCAAGGAUUUGGAUUGAGACUGGCACCACCAUCCCAACGGCAACCAACUUUGGGUCAUUUAUGGUCUAGUCAGACUAAUGUUGAUGGCAAGCAACCUGACCACUCAGCACAGGAGGAUGACCUGACACAGCUACCUUCUGCUACUAGUCAGUCUUUGGUGCAUCCCCAUCCAAAUUCACAAUCUUCACCAUUUCACGCUGUAGAAACAGAUAAUACUGGACAGCCACUUGGGCGUUUUCCCCAGUUAAGUUCAGGCCAGCAAUAUCCUGCAACAGAGGCAAGAUCUGGUCCUGUACCCAUGCUGCAGCAGCCUCAGCAAGGAAGCUCCGCAACUGUGUUCAAGAAUGUAUGGACAAACAUAUCAGCACAGCGUUUAGCUGGUAUGCAAGCUAACAAGAUUACACCCAACAUCCUCCAAUCUAUGAUGUUUCCAAAUAAUGCUGCAGCUUCCAACUUAUGGAGCUCUCAGAAGAUAGAUGAUCAAGGGCAGAAAGCAGCAACUCCAUCAGAUGCUGCAACAAGUUCAGCGAACUCACAAAAUGAAGAUACGAAACAAGCUGUGGACAGUGAUGCAGGGUUAGCAUAUUCUCAGAAGGUGAACUUUGAUUCGACAGGAGCUACUGUAUCUGGAGGGAAGGGAUCCUUGCAGAAGCCUUCUUCAGAUGGGAAUUUUGCCAAUCCUGUUUCAUCCCUUGCACAGUUGCAUCAGCAAGGAAUCAUGAGCACUAAACUACGGGAGAGCCCUGGAGCUAACUUUCAGAAUAUUAAUGCUUCUCACAAUUCUGCUAAUAAAGGUGGUGGCAUUGUGUUACAUGGAAGCCCAGCACCUUCAAACAUUCAGCAGCAAAGUUAUUCUCUUCUGCAUCAAAUGCAAGCCAUGAGGCAUACGGAUAUUGAUCGAGGCAGUGCAGUUGGAAAGACGACAAAAUCUGAGAUUGGUUCUGAUGGUUCGCCAGUUGACUGGAAGUCUGGUCAGAGGUUUGCACAAGUAGCCAAUAACUCAACCAAGUCAUCCACGGAUAACGUUGGAAGCCCUGGUGUCCCAGGGUCAUUCCCUUCAGACAUGAAAAUGCUGAGCUUUGUUUCGAGGAGUGAAGAGAGAAAUCCUAGCAUACCUUCUCAGCUUCCUUCUGGAGAGCACCCCUCUCAUGGUAUGGUCACUGCACAGAAUGAUCUUCAAAAUCAAGUUCCGCUUAUAGGCACAAGUGCAGCAUCAGAUUCUGUUGAAAGAACUGAGAGACCGAGUAUAAACCCUCAAAUGGCACCUUCUUGGUUUGGACAUUAUGGAAACUACAGAAACGGUCAGAAUAUUGCUAUGCUCAACGCACAGAAGACCACAACUUCGCCAUAUAAUUUUCCAAAAGCUUCUUGGAACAUUGACAAUAACUCUGCUGAACAUAGAGUUGAAUCUGGCCAAUCUGUUAGACCUGGGCAUUUCCUCUCAUCGACAAGAAUGCAAGCUUUGGUUCCUUCCAAUGUAAAAGCAACUUCCACGAUGAGAAGGCCUAAGAAGCGUAAAUCUACGGAGUCUGCUCUUGUUUCUUGGCAUAAAAUAAUUGAAAGCCCACAAAAAUUGAGAAACAUCAGCGCAUACGAGAUGGACUGGGCUUGGGCAGCUAAUAGAUUAAUCGAGAAGGAUGAGGCAGAAACUCUAGAUGAUGCUCCUCUUAAUUAUUUACCGCGGAAAAGGUUAAUUUUGACCACCCAGUUGAUUCAGCAACUUCUCCCUGCUAUACCAGCAACCGUUAUCAGAGCACAAGCUGUAUCAGCUUAUGAAAGCGCGGCAUACACUCUAUCUAUGCUGACACUAAGGGACGCAUGCAGCAUGGCAUCAUCCUCAUUGUAUAACUCUUGCUCUCUUGUGGAUGAUGAAAAUAACCCAUCUGAACAAACAACAAGUGCCAAGAAAAUGGAAGAGAAAUUGUCACAAGCUAUGGAAGUCUUUGUUGGAAGAAUCCGGAAAAUGGAGAAUGACUUUUUAAGUUUGAACAAGAGGGCUUCGAUGCUAGAUGUGCAAUUGGAGUGCCAAGAUUUGGAGAGAAUUUCUAUUGUAAAUCGUUUGGGAAGAUUCCAUGGCCGGAACCAUGCAGCGGCAGUUGAGGUGUCAUCGGCUUCAGAAAUGAUUCCUCGUAGAAUUUUUCCUGAAAGGCAUGUCACGUCUUUUGCAGUGCCUGGAAAUCUUCCUGAAGGGGCAUACUGUCUAUCGCUCUAGUGCCCUGAUUUGAUCCAUUGUUUUCCAGCUGCUUGGAUCACCAUGGGUUGCACCGUGUGAUUCCCAGUGCUCCUUGUUCCCCAUGCAAAGCAUGGGCUUUUAUACAGAACAGUCAUUAUGAAGGGGUAGUUUGAGAGCCGCAGCCAUCACAAUACCACGAAGAUGCCAAGGGAUGUGUUCCAGCUGAUCAACUCGGUGCUGGCUGCUGUUGUUUGUCCCUUAUGUCGAGUAUAGGUUCCUGUAUAUUGUGGAAAGUUAAGGAAAAACUGUGCAUCUCCCAUCAUUUUUCUGAUGAAGAAAUUUAAGAGUAAUUAGCUUCAGAAUUUGUUAGAGAAGUUGAUCCUUUCUAGCUUAGUGCAUGUAGCGAACUUCUUCGCUAUUUGUCAUCUUUCUAUCCAUGAUGAUGGAGUGUUGGCAGGUUAGAGUGGGAAAUAAUAAUGUGAACCAUAUUUCUCUGGGUUCUUUUGUUCCUUUAGGAUGGAUGCAAACUGGCUAUUGUGUCCAGUCUAACUGACCACCCUUGUUAGUCUGCAGUUAAUUACUAGUUUUUUAGAGGAGUUAAUUACUAGUAUUAUGUAGUGCUGAAAGCAUUCAUGGAACAAGUGGCGGGUAAAGUGCCUGGAAACUUCUGUUAUCUCAGUACCCGUGAUGUUGAACGCUAACGGGUUGUAAAUUUAAAAUGCAAAUAUUGCUGAGGUAAUAUUUUACUUAUUGUAUUGUGCUUUAUGUCUC